AUGCUGCUGCAGGCUGUCCCUGGGUUAAUGUGGCUCUGGCAGAGCAUGCCCUUUCAGACACUGGUCGUGUUCUUAGGCCUGUUCCUGCUGAUUGCUGACUGCAUGAAAAGGAGACGGCCGAAGAAUUUCCCUCCAGGACCUUUGCCCCUGCCCUUCCUGGGCCACAUGCUCCAUCUGGAUUUCAAACAGCCCCAUAGCUCCAUAGAGAAGCUUGCUGGAAAAUAUGGCAACAUUUUCAGCAUGCAGUCUGGUAACCUGACAUUUGUGAUUGUAAAUGGAUUCCAGCUGGUGAAGGAUGUGCUUGUCCAUCAGGGUGAAUACUUUCUUGAUCGCCCACAAAUGCCUCUUAUCUACGAAAUCUUCGGUACGUUUGGAUUAGUCAACUCUAAUGGACAUGGCUGGAAACAACAAAGAAGAUUUGCUUUAUCAACUCUAAGAAACUUUGGCCUGGGGAAGAGGAGCUUGGAAGAACGAAUACAGGAGGAGAGCAGAUACCUCACAGAUGCAAUUGAAGAAGAAAAAGGGGAACCUUUUGACCCUCACUUUAAAAUUAACAAUGCUGUUUCCAACGUUAUCUGUUCCAUCACUUUUGGGGACAGGUUUGACUAUCAGGAUAGUCACUUCCAGAAGUUACUGCAGUUGAUCGAUGAGACUUUGUACCUUCAGGGAACUAUUUGGAACCAGCUGUAUAACUCCUUCCCCACCAUAAUGAAGUGGAUACCUGGACCCCAUCACACCAUUUUUAAAAACUGGGAAAAACUGAAGUGUUUUGUGAGGGAAAUGAUUGCAAAGCAUAAAGAGGACUGGAAUCCAUCUGAACCCAGAGACUUCAUUGACUGUUAUCUGAAGGAAAUUGCAAAGGCUGACGCCGACCCCAGUUUCCAUGAAGAAAAUCUCUUAUUUUCCACACUGGAUCUUUUUUUUGCUGGAACUGAGACAACAUCUACAACCCUCCGCUGGGCUCUGCUGUACAUGGCCAUAUAUCCAGACAUUCAAGAGAGAGUGCAAGUGGAGAUUGACGCAGUGAUUGGCCAGUCUCGCCAGCCAGCCGUGGGUGACAGGGACAACAUGCCAUACACCAAUGCAGUUAUUCAUGAAGUGCAAAGGAUAAGCAACAUCGUGCCUUUAAAUGUGCCCAGAAUGGCAACUAGUGACACUACACUGGCCGGAUUCUAUGUGCCGAAAGGCACCGUUUUGAUUCCCAAUUUGACAUCUGUGCUGUUUGACAAGAAUGAGUGGGAAACCCCUCAGACUUUUAAUCCUAAGCAUUUUCUGGAGGAUGGUCAGUUCAAGAAAAGAGAAACUUUCCUGCCAUUCUCUGCAGGAAAGCGUGGUUGCCUUGGUGAGCAGCUGGCUAGAAUAGAGCUGUUCCUGUUCUUCACCACCCUUCUCCAGAAAUUCACAUUCCAAGCUCCGAAGGACGUGAAGCUAAGUCUUCAGUUCAGAAUGGGACUUACUCUCUCCCCACAGCCAUACCAGAUCUGUGUGCUGUCUCGGUAGGGAAAGCCAGGACAUUUUCGUCGUUGCCCCAUUUCUCAAAAUACUUAGGGUUUGCUGUGCUAGUAUAUAGGGCUGCAUCUGCAGUUCACUAUGUCUCCAAAUUUCCCUGCCUGCCUCCAUUCUUAUAACCCAACGGGGGCCCAAUAUCAGCAACUGGAUGAUUUGGGAACCUGAUUUAGGAAAGGGGCUCUGGCUGUUGUGAUACAUCUUACCAUGACGGCAGCUCUUCCUUAUGUCCCUACCAUACCAGUCUGUAUGCAUGUACACUCAGGAUGGCCUAAGAAUUCUCACUCCCAUAU